AUGGCGGCUUCAGUGUCACCGAAACGUCCAGUUCGCAUAGGUGGAGCAUCUGGUGGCUUCACUGACCGAGUUGCCGGCAUCAGGCGCCUUGCUGCCGACCCUAAAGUCGACGCCGUUGUCGGGGAUUGGCUUUCCGAGAACGUCAUGACCGGCUAUGGAGCGGGAAAGGCACGAAAAGUCCAGUCUGACAAAGCAACGACGAAGCUGCCUCUUGAAGAACGGAAGAAGACGGCUUACUACGCCAGUACAUUCCUCCAAUGCCUUGAGCCAGCGAUCUCUGAAAUCGCCCAAAACGGCGCCAAGUUGGUCGUGAACGCUGGAGCAAGCGACACGGAACUUCUGGCCGAGGUGGUGAACGACAUGGUGCUGGGAGGCGGCUUCGACAUGAAGGUCGCCUGGGUCGAAGGCGACGAUGUGACCUUAUCCUUCAAGCGCCUGGUUGCUGGGGGGGCGACUUUCAGAAGUAUCACAGAUCAAAGGACCUUGAACGAAUGGGGGUUCGACCCCAUUUGCGCACAAGCAUACCUAGGAAGCUUGGGAAUCGCUGAAGCUCUACGACAAGGAGCAGAUCUUGUCAUUUGUGGCAGGGUCUCCGAUGCUGCACCUUCGAUCGGGAUCGCAGCUUGGUGGCAUGGCUGGGGAGCGUCCGACUUGGACGAGCUGGCAGGGGCUCUGGUCGCAGGACACCUGAUCGAGUGCUCGGCUUUUGUUACUGGUGGCUACUACAGCCGCUUCAAGGACCUGAUGAAAGCGAAGAAGCAUCUUGACCUGGGGUUCCCCAUAGCCGAGGUGUUCUCAGAUGGGACAUGCACCAUCACAAAGGAGGAUAUGUCCAAUGGUAUCGUCAACGUCGAGACGGUGACAUCGCAGCUUGUUUACGAAAUCAAUGGGCCGCUCUACUUCAAUUCUGACGUUGUGGCUGCCCUUGAAGGUAUUACACUGGAGCAAACUGGUAAGGAUCGAGUCCGUGUCUGUGGCGUCAAAGGCCUACCCCCUCCUCCAACAACUCGGUGCGGGAUCACCGCUCACGGGGGUUACCAAGCUGAAUGGCACUUCUAUCUCGUUGGACUGGACAUUGAAGAAAAGUCUGUUGUAUCCAUUAUGUUCUCCCCUACUCAGUUUGCAGGCAAAGUCAUUGCCCUCACGGGUGCAGCCUCAGGUAUCGGCCUGGCAACAUCUCACCUCUUGGCUGGCCGCGGUGCCCGACUGGCCCUUGCUGAUGUCCAUGAAAAAGGUCUUCUAGAGGCUAAAAACGCUAUCCUAGAGGCUCAUCCGAAUUCAGAGCUUUCCAUCACUGUUCUCGACGUUCGUGACUGUGAUGCCGUCGAAAGAUGGACGACAAAUACCGCCUCGCACUUCAGUCGGCUUGACGGGGCCGCCAACCUCGCUGGUGUAAUACCGGAGUCAAUCGGAACCAAACCUCUUUCAGAACAGGACCUUGAGGAAUGGGACUUUGUCCAGGGCGUCAACCUGACAGGUGUGAUGCAUUGUCUCCGGGCGCAGCUGAAGACCAUUAGCAACGGUGGGUCCAUUGUCAACGCGAGUAGCAUCGCCGGCUUGACAGGCAGAGCAAACAAUGCAGCCUACACAGCAAGCAAGCAUGCUGUAGUGGGGCUGACAAGAAGUGCGGCGAAAGAGGUCGGGGCGAGGCAGGUGAGAGUAAAUGCUAUAUGCCCGGGUCGCAUCGACACGCCCAUGCUGAGGAGCGCGAACUCAGGCCCUGUAGGACCUGAGAUUUCUAUGGCAAGGCUCGGGACGCCAGAAGAGGUAGCAAAGCUCAUUGCCUUUCUCUUGAGCGACGAAUCCAC